ACUUGUCAGUGAUGACUCGAUCAUUUAUUUACUUUAUGCUCCCGCUCACAAUGAAGUCAGACAAGUCCGCUUGCACAUAUAGGUAAUAACCCCGCUACAAAUUAUAAUUGCAUCGAAAUUUUCCAAUGCCUCACAACCAGCUCGUACCUUGUUAAGUUUGUAUUUUUUUUUUUUUUCCGUCGCAACAACACACACUCGAGCUCAAAAUGGGAAUCUCACAUUCGACCGCGCGCUGGCUUGCGCCCCUGAGCUUCGUCGUAGACUUUGCGGCACAGCAAUAUGGCAUCUACGGCUCGACGCCCACCAUGAAGGACGUCCACGACGCCAACAUGUCGUUCUUUUCUCCCCAGGCCUACUUUAUCGGUGCAUUCUUCUUCCCCCAGCAGCUGUUCCAGCUCGCGUGGCUGUGGAAGCUUCACAAUUCGGACCCGGAAGAAGAGGACACCAAGGAGAUGGUCGACUUUGCGCCCUUUUACGCCGCAGGAAACUUCGCCAUAGCGGCGUGGAUGAUCUUUUGGUGCAACAACGACCUCAGGACCUCCAACUACUUUGUCAUUGCCAACUCGCUGAUGCAGCUCUUUUACGUCUUUGGUCGCCUGCGGCCCAUGCGGCUCGACUCGACGCGCUCGGUCCUCACGCACGUCAACGCAAAGACGUUUGCGGGGAUCGGCGUGCUCGACCUCCUCCACAACACCGCCGCUGGCUAUUUUGUCCACGGUCGCCCGUCCGGGGUCGUCAAGGCCCUGACGGCCGUGGGCUUUGGCGCUUUGGGUGCGAGCAGCGACUGGAUCUUUGGCGGAUGUCUCGUCUAUGAUUUGGUGGCGUUGGCCGUGGGACAGUCUCAAUACGGCGAUGCGGGCUGGUCAAAGAUGCUCGGCGCCUACGCCGUUGGGACUGCUGGGAUCGUUGCGGCGCGGAAUUACUUUCGCCCGCCCUACAUCAAGUCAAGCGGGUACGAACCCGUUCGAGGCACGAGCCGGUCGACGUAGAAAAGGGACCUGCGUGAUCACACAUGACACCUAAAAAGUCAAUUCAGCCAGUACGAAUGUGGCUAAGUGGCUGGACCCUUUUUUGUAACAAUAUUUCACAUGCCUACCCUACCACCUAUUUGUCUGCCUAUCUACAUGCUCAGCUAGCUACCUUCUUAUCUACCUUGGGUCCCUACCUAACUCUGUGUAAUCAUACCUCCUACCUCUUGCUGUUUCAAUAUCUACUUGAUUGAUAAUUAUAUAUCACACUCAUAUCUCGUGC